AUGGAGGACUCACCGGUGCAGGUUGUGCUGUAUGGAGAGGCGGAGGGCAUGGUGAAAAGUCUUCAAACCUUCCCGUUACGGGACACGGGGUCUGGCGGGUGGUUCAAACAACAUGAAUACAUUGAGAAGCUGAACAUGCAGGCGAUUCUUAACGCAUCAGCUGGGCAGGAGGAAAUUGUCAAGGAGUUACUGGUCAGCCAUGGAAAGAUCCCAACAUUAAUCCAUGAACUGAUCAGCAUAGAGAUAUGGAAGCUUAAGGUGUUCCCCAUACUGUGCCAACUGCAGGACUUCAAGCCCAAGAGUACCUUCCCUCUCUACAUGGUGAUUCACCAUGAGGCCACAAUUAUUAACCUCUUGGAAACCAUCUUCUACCACACGGACGUCUGUGAGUCAGCCGAGGAGCUGGCGUUGGACCUGAUUGAUUACUGCCAUCGUAAACUGACUAUACUAGUGUCUCAAAGCUCCACUGGGGAGACAACAGGACAGGACAGAAUGCUGCCCAAGUUUACUGAAGAAACAUCCUCAAUGGAGGAGCUGAAGCUGCAGUCCGAGUCCCUGGAGUUUGACAUUGCUUUGAAGUGUCUGUCAGUCCUGCGAUACAUCACUGAUCACACGGACUGCUUCCCUAUCAGUGUUACCAACCGACUACUAAACACCCAUAAUCUGCCCUGCCUGCUUGUAGAACUGCUGGAGCACUGCCCCUGGAGCCGCCGCCACAAAGGUCAGCUCCAAAAGUAUGAGAAUGGUCGCUGGUACUCAGUUCCUGCUGAGGAUCAGAUGAAGAUGACUAAGCUGGAUGGUCAAGCCUGGAUCGCUCUAUAUAACCUUUUACUGAGGCCAGAGUGCCAGCAAAAAUACAACAUCAACAGCUUUACCAAGGGUCAACUACUAAAGCUUCGCUCAUUUCUCACUGAAGUUCUUGUGGACCAGCUGCCAAAUCUAGUGGACCUACAGCGUUUCCUGAGCCACCUGUCAGUGAGUGAGCCAGCGCCACCCAAGAAGGAGCUUAUUCUGGAGCAGGUACCAGAGGUCUGGGACUCCAUCAUUAAAGAGAAUUCUGGGAAGUGGAAAGCAGUGGCCAAACACCAGGUGAAGCACGCAUUCUCCCCCAGCGACGAGGACCUUCGCUCACAGGCUCAGAGGUGGGCCCAGACAUACAAUAUGGAUGUUAUGGAGACGCUGGUACCAGAUAAACCAAAGUGCGGUUUAUGUGGGUCAGAAGCUGCAAAACGCUGCUCUCGGUGUCAGAGUGAGUGGUACUGUAAUAGGGAGUGCCAGGUAAAGCACUGGCAGAAGCACAAGAAGUCCUGUGACCUGAUAUGUGAAGCCAUGAAAAAGACAAAGGAAGAACUAAGAGUUUCUGUGUGAGAGACAAGGAGAUAGUGCCUAACAGACAAUUGCAAACCCUUUCACUCCUGUACCUGCCUGCAAGACCCAAACUGCUGAAUAUGAUGAACUCUGUCACUGAUAAAGUGAUAAGCAGCUGUGUUUAGGUCCCUCUGUAUUGUGAUGUGCAUGAGAUCUCUGUAUCCUGCUGUAUAUGGGAUCUCUCUGUAUACUGCUGUAUAUUGUAUCAUCCUACAUAUACUGUAUAUAAGAUUUCACAGUAUACUGCUGUGUAUAUGAUCAUCCUAUGUAUCCUGUAUAUGAGAUCUCCCAGUAUACUGCUGUGUAUAGGAUCAUCGUACAUACCCUUUAUAUUAGAUCCCCCUAUACUGCUGAAAAUGGAUCAUCCUAAACACUAUAGUUUACAAGAUCCUAUUUAUUCUACUAUUUUGUCAGUUUUUUGGAUCAGGUGUAAUUUAUAUGAUAAAAUCAUUAAAACGUUUGUUAUAUUUUCUAACAA